AUGGCGACAAACCGAUCAAAGGUGAAAGUGACGGUGAACCAGACAGAACAGUCUGUGGCUGUGAACCUCAUUAACUUCGUGGCGAUUGUGAUCUUGUCUCUGGGAAACUGCGGACUCUCUAAAUGCAUCUCUCGCUACCUGGUGGGAAUGGCCGUAGCUGAUUUACUAGGUGUUAUUAUUGCUGUUGUACUCUGCGAGAUCAAUAACAUUUAUGUUUAUGCCCCUCCUUUGCACAUUACUCCGAUUUGCGCCGUGACGCUUGUCCUGAGGGUCGCAACCAUGGACUGUUCUGUUUGGCUCACGGUGGCUUUCACGUUCGAUCGCUGUAUUGCAAUCUGCAGUCAAAAGCUGCGGGAGCGAUACUGCACCGAGAGGACAGCGACUGCUGUGAUAGCGAUUGUGGGUUUAGGAAGUUUUGAGAAGUGUGUUCCGCUAUACUUUGCGAUAGGACCUUACUUUACCAUUGAUAACGUCCCCUGGCGAUGCAUUUUGAAAACGGAAUACCUUAGUUUACCAAUGUGGAAAGCAUACCAGUUGUUUAACCCUAUAACUACGCCUUUAUUGCCGAUCUGUUUGAUUCUGCUUUUUAAUGCUUUAACAGUCAGACAUAUUAUCGCGGCAAACAGAGUUCGCCGGGGGCUCAGGAACAGCAGCGAGAAAAAGAAUGACCCAGAGAUGGAGAACCGGAGAAAAUCAAUAAUGUUGUUGUUCGCUCUGUCGGCCAAUUUCAUAUUGUUGUGGAUCCCCAUAGUUGUAUAUUCUAUGAACUGGCAAUUUCAGAAUUACUCUUACACGAAUAAGUAUUUGAAUACCCGGACGUAUGUCCUGCAACAGUUUGGGAACAUGUUGCAGUAUCUCUGUACCUGCACCAACACGUGUAUCUACACUCUGUCACAGAGAAAAUUCAGGGAGGAGCUGAAGGGUGGAGUCAAACAUCUGGUUACAUUAAAUGUUCGAAUCUGUAGCUAA